AUGGCUGACGCCGCCGUCGAGAACCCGCUGAACACCGUCCCGCCGCACAAGAAGCAGCUCCCAUCCUCGAUACCGAACUUCGAUACACUGGAGGGCUUCACAACAGAGGGCGACGAUGACUACUCGAACUUCAAGAAGCUCCAACGGCAACUAGAGUACAUCCACCUUCAGGAAGAAUACAUCAAGGAUGAGCAGCGGAGCUUGAAGCGCGAGCUGGUGAGAGCACAAGAGGAGAUCAAGAGGAUCCAGAGUGUACCGCUCGUGAUCGGGCAGUUUAUGGAGGCUAUCGACCAGAACACCGGUAUCGUACAGUCUUCGACUGGCUCGAACUAUGUCGUCCGCAUCCUGUCCACACUCGACCGCGAACUCCUCAAGCCCUCUUCAUCCGUCGCCCUCCACCGCCACUCAAAUGCCCUCGUCGACAUCCUGCCUCCCGAGGCCGACUCAUCGAUCGCCAUGCUUGGCCAGGACGAGAAGCCAGAUGUGACCUACGCCGAUGUUGGUGGGUUGGAUAUGCAGAAGCAGGAGAUCCGGGAAGCUGUCGAGCUGCCCCUCACACACUUCGACCUGUACAAGCAGAUCGGUAUCGACCCACCGCGAGGUGUUCUGCUCUACGGGCCUCCGGGUACAGGAAAGACUAUGCUGGUCAAGGCCGUUGCGAACAGCACGACAGCGUCGUUCAUCCGUGUAGUAGGGUCUGAGUUUGUACAGAAGUACUUGGGUGAAGGACCGCGCAUGGUUCGUGACGUCUUCAGAAUGGCGCGUGAGAACUCGCCAUCCAUCAUCUUCAUCGAUGAGAUCGAUGCCAUUGCUACAAAGCGUUUCGACGCACAAACAGGUGCCGACCGAGAAGUUCAGCGUAUUUUGCUCGAGCUGCUGAACCAGAUGGACGGUUUUGACCAGACUUCGAACGUCAAGGUCAUCAUGGCCACCAACCGUGCCGACACACUCGACCCCGCGCUCCUCCGACCAGGACGUCUCGACCGGAAGAUCGAGUUCCCUUCGCUGCGAGACCGUCGCGAGCGCCGUCUCAUCUUCUCCACGAUCGCAGGAAAGAUGAGCUUGUCGCCCGAAGUCGAUAUGGACAGUCUGAUCGUGCGCAAUGACCCGCUUUCUGGUGCGGUUAUUGCGGCCAUCAUGCAGGAGGCUGGUCUUAGGGCUGUCAGGAAGAACAGGUACAACAUCAUCCAGGCCGAUCUGGAGGAGGCGUACACCAGCCAGGUCAAGGGGACAGCUGAGGCCGACAAGUUUGACUUCUACAAAUGA